UAGUUGGAAAUCGCGAAGGGGCUUGGAUUGUUUAGUAUAUAUAAUAUAUUCGAUUGAGUGUUUUGAUGAACCCUAUUUAAUCUGUGAGAAUCCUUUGAAAGAGAGGAAUUAAGCAAUUAAUAAACGUAAUGGGUUAUUAUUAUUGUCGAAAAUGGUUGACUCUGAUAUUGUCAAUGUGGGUUGUAAUAAGGUGUUCGGAAUCAACAGAAUAUGUGGUUGGUGACGGUGAAAAUUGGAGCUGGAAGGCUCCUCUUCCAUCACGAGAUGUACUAAGUCGGUGGGCCUCUAGUCACAACUUCCUAAUAGGCGAUGUUAUUGUGUUUUCGUACAAUACUAGAAAAGAAUCGGUGCGCGUAGUAAACGAGGGAGACUAUAGUUCGUGUAACGUACGGGGAGAAGAUCACGUGGUGUACCACGACGGGAAUACGAAGGUGGUACUUAACAAAAGAGGAAUGCAUUAUUUCAUAAGUGGAAACAAGCGUCAUUGCAAACGUGGCUUAAGGCUCGCUCUGCUUGUCUCUCAACCUCCAAUUCCCCCGCCUCCUCCCCCUGUUGUUUUCCCGCCUCCUCCCUCUGUUGCUUUCCCGCCUCCUCCCUCUGUUGCUCUCCCGCCUCCUCCCUCUGUUGCUCUCCCGCCUCCUCCCUCUGUUGCUCUCCCGCCUCCUACGCCGGCUUUGGUUCUUUCCACGCCUCCUACGCCAAAAUCCUUGGUUGCUUUCCCGCCUCCUCCACCGUCACCUUUAGCACCAUCACCUUCAGCACCGGCACUGGCACCAUCACCUUCGGAGUCACCGUCAGAGUCACCGUCAGAGUCACCUUCAGAGUCACCUUCAUGGGCACCAUCACCGUCACCAAAUUCGUCUGCUGCUGGUGGUGGAGGUGAGUCGAUGAUAUGGUUGGGAGUUUCAAUGGCGAUGAUGAUGAUGUUCAGAGUUUGACAGAUGAUAGGUCUCUCUAAUUAAGCUUUAUGUGGUGUGAGUGUGACUCACUACAUACAUAUAUGUAAUGUUUAUGUCAUCACUCAACCUCAACUUCAUUUUCCUUACUUUUGCUUUUGCUUUCAUGUUUCCUUACUUAUCAUCACAAAAAAGGUUGUUUCUUUAUUUCGCCAUUCAACAAAGUCUUCUCUUACUUAUUUCAUGCA